AUGGGUUAUGAAGCAUCUGAUGAUUCAUAUGUUGCUGAUUAUCUCGCAUAUUGUCCACCAUAUUUCUCUUCUGGUUUACCUUAUCCUUAUUAUCCACCACCGUUUCCACACCCAUAUUAUGGUGCUAAUAAUACUUACGAUCAACGUACACGUUUACCGUCACCAUAUCGACAGUAUACUCGUCAUCGCUCACCAUAUCGACCAUUGCCGAAAAAGGAAAGACAGCCAUAUCGCUCACCUUCACCACGUUCACCAUAUUAUCGUCAACGAUCUAAUUCAUCACAAAUAUCUCGAAUGUCACUGACAAUAUCAUUCAUGGAACAACGCACAGCACGAGAACACACUCGACAACCACCGCGAAAUAAUCAGAACACGAGUACAGCAUCAUCAAAUAGAGAAACGUCAAAACAAAGACAACCACCAACACCUCGGCAAGCAUCAUCAACUGAUACUGAUAUGAAACUGUACGUCUCCGUGUUAUCCGAUUCAAUGGCAGGACGCACAACUAUAUGCGAACAACCAGGUGGAAAAUCACUGUCCGAUUUUGUUCGUUCAAGGCACGGUGGACAAAUUCUACGCAAUAUACCAGAAUUAUUAAUAAUAGCCGGUACAAAUGACAUUGCAAUACGGACGAUUAAAGAAGUAAUUGAUGGACUUCGUGCAUUAGUAGCACUUAUUCAUCAAUUAUAUCCAGGUAUACAACGCAUCAUCGUCCACGAGAUUAUGUACCGGACCAAAACAAGUCAAAAACUAUCGACAGUCAAUGAAAUGAUCGAUGCUAUUAACACGUAUAACGGCUAUUUGACACAGUUGGCAAUUGAAGAACGAUUUGAGACAACCAAAACAGUAUUAAAUGAGAAUGGUCUAUUCGAUGAUUUGCAUCCAAAUGAUAGAACAGGAAUGCAAAAACUAAUCAGCACGAUUCGUCGAAUGCUCAAUCCCACAAGAACACAAACUUGCACUCUAGCUGCAUUACCAGUAGGCUCGUCUAAAGCCACUGAUAAAAACAACGCAGUAAUGACGACUAACAAACAGACAACAAUGGCAACCAUAUAUACAAGAAAGUCACCGUCGCCACAACGAUCACCUAGCAUUAAUAUUCAACCAGCCACAGCAUCUACUAUGCACAGUAACACGACCAAAACGACGGUGGAAGAAGACGAUGACAUGAAUGAUAAACAAGACGAUGGACAACGUCAAAAUAUAGAUCGUCAUUUUUAUCAACAACUAAUUGAACAAAUAAAAAAUUCAUAG